AUGAUCUUUGAGAUGAAAGAAGAGGACCGUGACUUCAAGGAAGACAAAUUUUCGAGUGGUAGCUUCUCAUGUUUCAAGGAGUUGAAGACCUUCGAGAAUCCCAUGACCAUAGAGAAGAUCCACCAUGUCAUUGCUACUGAUGGACCUCCCUUACCCCACACCACUGAAGGUGACGAGUAUGUGGCUUGGGAGACCUUCAAAGAGAAGGACGCUUUGACCACCACCUAUAUUCUUAGCUCCAUUGAUAAGAACCUCCAGAGCUCAUGUGAUGACUUGGAAUCAGCCAAGGAUGUGAUGGAACACUUAGAGCAGAAUUUUGGCAACCAAGAUUGUCUUGCACGCCAACAAAUCUCCUCAGCGCAAUUCUCUGCAAAGAUGCAUGACAGUACCACAAUCCAGGAUCAUAUGAUGAAGCUUACCAAGCUCUUCUCUGGAUUGGAGAAUAACGGUACUAUAUUUGAGUUGGACUUCAAGAUAGAGAUUAUCUUUGCCUCACUUCCUGACGCCUAUAGCUCUUUUAUCAUGAACUUCCACAUGAAUAAAGUAGUGGUUAACAACGUCUCUGAGCUUACUAACAUGCUUAUAGAAGUAGAAAGUAUGCUUAAGAAAAAUAAGGUUGUUUAUCUUAUUACUGAGAAGAGUUCUCAGAGUUCAAAGAACAAGAAAAAGAAGAGGACUAAGAAAAGCAAGAAAGGCAAGUCAACCGGUGUGAAAGAGGGAGGAGUGCAGAAGAAAAAGGCCAAAGCUGUCAAAGGAAAGUGUUUCCAUUGUGGAAAGACUGGACACUAG